AGACAUAAUUGAUAAUUGGUAUGGAGCAGGCAGCAUCCGAGCGUUUGGUACUGUACGGUGGCGAUCUACGUAAUAGCAUCGAGGAUGGUUGCAACUCUUUGGGCGAGCUGAUUGUGAAACGGUUACACCGUAAUAGCGACGAUGUGGCACUGGUGGAUGCAGUUUCUGGUGACUCGCUCACAUACCAUCAGAUUCUUGCACGGGCCCUCAAGCUGGCCAACCGUUUCCAUCGGCUCGGCAUCAAGCGCAAUAGCGUAGUUGGAAUUUGCAGUGAAAACAGCAUUCACUUCCCUACCAUUACGUUCGCUACCAUCAUGUUGGGUGGAACUGUGCUACCAAUCAACUACGGUUACAGCACUUCCGAGCUAAAGCACGUACUGCAGCUGACCAAACCGGUCGCACUGUUCGCGUCCGAAAAGCCACUUCAAAAGAUCAUCGCGAUGCGCAACGAGCUACCGUUUGUUAAGCUGCUCGUUUCACUCGGUGAGGAUUGCCGCACGCGUGGAGUUGCACUACUGAAAGAUUUUUUCGAUAGCAGCCCGGUGAGUAAUUUACGCAACUUUACGCCACAACCGGUUCCGCUCAAAAAGCAAGUCGCUGUGAUGGUGAUGUCGUCCGGUACGACAGGACUUCCGAAAGCGGUGCAACUGACCCAUCACAAUGUGAUGACUGUGAUGGCGUACCAGGCGGAAGAUCCUCGCUAUACCGAGCUGCCUGUACCGUUGCGUGUGCUAGGACUGUUGCCGUUCUACCAUGUGUUUGGCUUCAUGCUGUCGCUUAACAGCUGUCUCAACAAGGUGCCGAUGGUGGUACUGUCCCACUUUGAACCAAACCUUUUCCUGCGCACCAUCCAAGAUCAUCGCAUCACCAUGGCUAGUCUCGUACCACCGCUUGUAGUUUUUCUGGCCAAAAGCCCGCUGGUGGACAGCUACGAUCUAACUUCACUGUAUGCCGUCCUCUGCGGUGCUGCUCCACUGAGCCGGGAGAUAGAGGAGCUCGUACGUUCCCGUCUACCCAAUGUGCAAACGAUCCGCACCGGAUACGGUAUGAGCGAAACUUCGCUUGGAGUUAUAUCGCGAACCAACGAUAAGACUGGUUCCGUCGGCAAGGUACAUAAAACUACGCAUGUGAAGGUGGUUGAUCUGGAGACGGGCUGUGCACUCGGACCGAACCUAACGGGAGAGAUUUGCAUCAAGGGUCCGCUGGUGAUGAAGGGCUACCUGAACAACGAGCAGGCAACAGCUGAAAUGAUCGAUAGCGAUGGUUGGCUGCAUACUGGUGACAUUGGAUAUUACGACGAGGAGCAAGAUUUUUACAUCGUCGAUCGUAUUAAAGAUCUGAUCAAGUACAAAGGUUUCCAGGUGCCACCGGCCGAACUGGAGGAUGUACUGCUUAGCCAUCCAGCCAUACGGGACUGUGCUGUGGUGGGUGUUCCGGACGAAGAGGCCGGUGAACUACCGGCCGCUUUUGUUGUCAACCAACCCGGUAAAGAUGUGACUGAACGCGAAGUAAUGCAGUACGUAGCAUCGAGAUUGUCACCUCAGAAGCAUCUGCGAGGUGGCGUGUAUUUUGUGGCUGAAAUACCCAAAACGGGAAGUGGUAAAAUAUUGCGCCGUCAGCUACGAAAUACUUUGCAACACCAAAAAUCAAAGUUAUAA